CCGAAAACAAACAUCUAAUCGAUUAAGGGGUCCACAAGAAAGGGAGUUGAACAAAAGGAUUUUGUUCUGCUACAGGGAUUAGAAAAUCCCCCGCUCGGUGUGCCUCGUUUUCGUUCUUUCACUCUCAAAUUACCUGUCAACCUCCUCUUCAACUAAAGAUUUUGUUCUUAUUUCCAGUUUCUCCAUAGAGCGUUACCGAUCUUUCAUUCGUCAACCUCGCAUUCAGGUCUGUUGUCAAUUGACACAGUUGUACUUUGAUCAGAUGAAGUGGGUAAACGAUUUGGGUCUCUUUGCAAAGUAUAAUCGAAGCACAGGAAAGAUUUUCGAAUUGGGUUCAUCAUGGCAUAAUGUAGGAGACAAGAAUUUGUUGCGACCUGGAAUUAUAACUAUUCAAGAAAGGUCGAUCUCUGGAAAAAAUGGUUUUGGGGGAUUUGAGCUUCCUUUUUCCUCUAAAGAAAACAAUCUCAAUUUAAAACCUAGUGCUUUUACAAUAUUCCGUCACUUUGGGCGGACUGGAAGAAGUGAUUCUUCCUCCCUAAGUAGAGACCUUCUGGCACAGCUUUGGUUUGAGGACAGGAAAAUAAAGAGACACAAACGCAAAAGAAGGAUGAUUCAACGUCUCCGUACAAGAGAUGCCAUAUUUGACAAUCUGCCUUAUUUUCAAAUGCCUGGAAGGUGGUUUUCUGGUGCAUCUAUUCCAGAAGAGAGAUACAGUGAACCAGUUCGAGGACUUCUUAAGCAACCACACCUCAGCCAAUCUCCCACAGGUUAUUUGGAACCAGCAUCCCCAGAAGAGGAGAAGAUUGCACCUCUUCUUGCCAGGUCCAAUUUGCUCAUAACUAGAGAUAUAGAGUGGGCAAAUCUUAUGCUUGGUUUUGAGCAGGAGAAUAGGUAUGCAAUAGUAGAUGCUUGCUACCCUCAGUCGCCAGUGGGUUUGAUCCGUGAGCAGAGUAAUCUUAUUGCUAGGCAGGUAUGGUAUUUGAUCUUGCUGGAUUCCUUUUUGAGACUUUUGCCUUGUUCAUCUUCUUUUUUUCUUCCUUUUCCAAUAAAAUCUGUUAGUUGCUCAAGUAUCUUGAAGAGUGGGGUUUGCUUUGGCUACCUAAUACCAUUGUUAACAGGAUGAAUGGGAGAAUGCUUGUGUGUCUUUAACU